CCCUCCGCCGCACGGUCCCCGGGCUCCCUCCCCGCCUUUGCCCGCCCAGGGGUCCCAGGGGUCCCGGGGGGCCCCGGCGCACACUCAGCACCCGGGACGCCAAGAUGAAUUCCCUGUUCAGGAAGAAGAACAAAGGCAAAUACAGCCCCAGCGGGCAGACCAAGAGCAUCUCCAACAAGGAGCUGUCGGAGCUGAUCGAACAGUUGCAGCGAAAUGCCGACCAGGUGGAAAAGAACAUUGUGGACACAGACGCCAAAAUGCAGGCGGACCUGGCACAGAUCAAGGAGGGCUGCCCCCCUCAGUACCGAGAUGUCGCCAUCCAGAAGGUUUCCGACUCUGAGAAACUCCUCUACGUCCUGGAGGCUGACGCUGCCAUUGCAAAGCACAUGAGGCACCCUCAGGGGGACAUGAUCACUGAGGAUAUCCGGCAGUUGAAGGGGCGUGUGGCAAACCUGCGGGAGAAGCACAACCAGAUCUACACUCUCAUUGCGAAGGAAGUGAACCCGCCGGUCAACUGGGCCUCGGUGGUCCACGAGAAGCUGGAAAGCCUGAAAGGCCAAACGUUUGGGACGGACCUGCCGCUGGUAGACCAGCAGGUAGAAGAACACAACAUCUUCCACAAUGAGGUCAAGGCCAUCGGGCCCCACGUCAACAAGGAUGGGGACAAGGAGCAGAAUGCUGACCUACAGGCCAAGUACCAAGCGCUGCUGGCUGGGUCUCAGGAGCGGCAGCAGCACCUGAGUUCACUGAAGGAUUACAUGCAACGUUGUACUAAUGAGCUGUACUGGCUGGACCAGCAGGCCAAGGGCCGCAUGCAGUAUGACUGGAGUGACCGCAACCUUGACUACCCCAGCCGCCGCCGCCAGUACGAGAAUUUCAUCAACCGGAACCUAGAGUCCAAAGAAGAGAGAAUCAACCAGCUGCACAGUGAAGGGGACCAGCUGCUGAGUACCGAGCACCCAGGGCGCAACUCCAUUGAGGCUCACAUGGAAGCUGUCCAUGCUGACUGGAAGGAAUACCUCAACCUGCUCAUCUGUGAGGAGAGCCAUCUGAAGUACAUGGAGGACUACCACCAGUUCCACAGAGAUGUGAAGGACGCCCAGGAGCUCCUGAGGAAGGUGGAUGCGGACCUGGACCAGAAGUACAGCCCCGACUUCAAGGACAGCUUCCAGAUUGAGUCGCUGCUGCGGGACCUUGAUGACCAGGAGAAGGCCCUGGACAAGUACGAGGACGUGGUAAGGGCCCUGGAGAAGCGUGGACAGCAGGUGGCACCUCUCAAGUUCCGGCGGGAGACCCCGCUGAAGCCCAUCCCUGUGGAGGCUCUCUGCGACUUUGAGGGCGAGCAGGGCUUGGUGUCACGGGGAGCCCGCUACACGCUCCAGAAGAACAACGGGGAGACCUGGGAAGUGACCAACGGUGCCGGAAACAAGCUCACUGCCCCCGCGGUCUGCUUCAUGAUCCCCCCCACUGACCCAGAGGCCUUGGCCCUGACUGAAAGUCUGAGCAGUCAGUACCGGAGUGUGAAGCAGAAGGCAGCAGGGAGCCGGAAGGCCCUGCAACAGCGGUAUGAGGCCCUGAAGACAGAGAACCUUGGAGCUGCUCCGGACCUGCAGGGCCGCCAGCUGCUGGCCAGUUUGGACAAGGUGAACAGCGACCUUGACCGGCAGGAGAAGGCCAUCACCGCCCACCUGCGACCGCCGCUGGAGCAGAGCCGGGCUGUACAGGACAGUGCAGAGAGGGCCCAGGACCUCAAGGCCGCAACUGACCGGCUCCACCACCUCGAACCUGAGAAGACCCGCAGUGUGGCAGAGAGCGAGGCCUUUGUCCAGGCGGUGCCCGACAGCGGCUGUGCCGCCCUGCUGCGCAGCCGGGCGGAGGACACCAGCCGCAAGUACGAUCGCCUAGUGCAGCUCCUCACCUCCGCUCAGGAGAAGGUGGACGGAGCCAAUCGGCUUGAGCGCAGCUUGCAGCAGGGGAGAGAGGCCCUGGCCCGGGUGGAGAACAAGCUAGCACUGGAGGACACAAUGCCCGCAGAUGGGUUGGCACUGGAUGACAAGAAGCAGGAGCUGGUGGCCAUGGGCUCAGAGCUGCAGGCCACGCAGCCCCUCCUCAAGGAGGCAGAGCAGAACCUGCAGCAGGCCAAGAGGAGCUGCGGCACCCUGGCCAGUGGGUUCCAGGAGCACUGCCCGGACAUCGAGCGGCAGGAAGCCGAGGUCAGCAGGCUGGGGCAGCGGUUCGACACCCUCUCCAAGCAGAUCGCUAGCAGGUCCCGGAGCCUGCAAAAGGCAAAAGAAGCCUAUUCCAGCUACCGCAGCGGCUGUGACCAUGUGAACCAGUUCCUGGCCAACGUCCCGAGCUACGAGCCCCAGGAGACCGACAGCGUUGACCAGGUGGAGACGAAGCUGAGGAACCAGAAGAAUCUGCUGAACGAAAUCGGGAGCCGGGAGCAGGAAGUGCAGCAGGUGUCCGCCGCUGCGCAGCAGUACCGGCAGGCUGUGAAGGAGUACGAGCUCGAAGCUGAGAAGCUGAGGUCCCUGCUUGACCUGGAAAACAGAAGGAAUGACCCCGCCAGCAAGAAGCCCAGGCUUGCAUCUCCAGCUACCAGGGUGAAGGAGGAGGAAGCUGCCCUGUCCGCUAAGUUCACCGAAGUGAGCGCCAUCAACAGGCAGAGGCUGCAGAAUCUGGAGUUUGCUCAGAAUCUCCUCAAACAGCACCCAGAAGCGGCAGCGCAAUCGGGGCCCCCGGGGCCGCCGGCCGAGGAGACGUGGAAGGUGAAGAAGGAGCUGGACGACGCGACGCAGCGCCGGGAGCAGCUGGAGGGCGAGGUCCGGGCCGCGCGGAGCGAGGUCCGGGCCCUGCAGAACGGGGCGCCCCCGGAGACGGUGGUGAGGAAGGAGGUGCUGAGGCGGGUGCCGGACCCCGACCUGAGCGAGAGCUUCGGGCACACGCAGGAGGCGCUGGCCCAGGAGAAGCAGCAGAACCGGGCCCUGCGGACGGAGCUGGAGGCCCUGCGGCUGAGGCUGCGCGGGCUGGAGCGCGAGGCCGAGGAGGGCGGCCAGGAGUACGUGGUCAAGGAGGUCCUGCGCAUCGAGCGGGACAAGGCGCAGGUGGCCGAGGCGGCGCGGCUGCGGGAGGAGCUGGAGGAGCUGCGGCGGCAGAAGGGGGCCCGGGAGGCGGAGGCGGCCCUGCUGCAGCAGCGCCUGGCCGCCGCGGAAAAGGAGGCGGCGGCCGCGGCGGCCGAGCGGCCCGCCGUCACGGAGAAGGAGGUGGUGAAGCUGCAGGCCGACCCCGAGCUGCAGGCCGAGUACGAGCGGCUGCGGGUGGCCGGGCGGGCCGAGGGCGCCCGGCGGCAGCAGCGGGAGGAAGAGCUGGACCUCCUGCGGGACCGGCUCAAGCGGCUGGAGCGGGAGCGGGCCAUGGCCGAGGGCAAGACCGCCGUCAAGGAGGUGCUGACGGUGGAGAAGGACGCGGCGGCCGAGAGGGAGGCCGGCGAGCUGAAGCGGCAGUACGAGGCGGAGGCCGAGCGGGCCCGCGGGCGGCAGCGGGAGAAGGCGGAGCUGCUGCGCCAGAUCCGGGCCCUGGAGGAGGAGAGCGCCCAGGUGCGGGUGCAGGAGAAGGUGCGCGAGGUGGUCCGGCCGGACCCCGGGGCCGAGGGCCGCGUGGCCGACCUGCGCCUGGAGCUGGUGGAGCAGGAGCGGCGCUUCCGCGGGGCCGAGGAGCAGCUGCGCGGCCACCAGGACGAGCUGGAGGCCCUGCGGCGCCGGGGCCCCCAGACGGAGGUCCGCGAGGUCACCAAGGAGGUCAUCCGCUACACGACGGACCCGGAGGCCGAGCGGGAGCUGCGGCGCCUGCGGGAGGAGAUCGUGGACAAGACCCGGCUGAUCGAGCGCUGCGACCUGGAGAUCUACCAGCUGCAGCAGGAGAUCCAGGCCUGGAAAGCCACGCCGCCGGCCGUGCGGACCCGGGAGGUGGUCCAGGAGGUGCUGCAGCUGCGCGAGGACCCCCGCACCCUGCAGGAGGUGGAGGAGCUCCGGGCCGCCCUGGCCGCCGAGCAGAAGAGGCAGGUGGACGCCGAGCAGGAGGGGGCGGCCCAGCGGGCCCGGGUGGAGCGGCGGGAGGAGGAGCUGGCCCAGGUCCAGGAGAAGGUGGUCCGGCAGGAGGUGGUGCGGCUGGAGCCGGACCCGGCCCUGCAGGCCGAGGCCCGGGCCCUGGCCGACAGCGUGGACGCGGAGCUGCGGCAGACCGACGCCCUGCGGGCCGAGCUGCGGGCCCUGCGGCGCCGGCGGGCCGAGCUGGAGCGGCAGCUGGCCGAGCUGGAGCGGGAGCGGGAGGCCCGGCAGGCGGCCGAGCUGGAGGUGCAGCGCCUCGGCCUGCAGCUGGCCGAGCUGGAGCGCCAGGAGCCCGGCCCCGGGGCCCCGGAGCGGCUCACCCUGAGGCAGAAGCUGCUGCUGCAGCCCGACCCCCAGCAGGCCCGCGACCACGCGCAGCUCCGCCUGGAGCUGGACCAGGAGAGGGGCCGCCGCCGGGAGCUCGAGGCCGAGCUCCAGGCCCUGGGCGAGAGGCUCCGCGCCCUGGAGAAGCUGGAGGGCCGCGAGAAGGUGGUGGUCUCCGAGAGCGUCCAGGUGGAGCGGGGCGGCACGGAGCAGGAGAUCCGGGAGCUGCGUGCCGGGCUGGAGGAGGAGGGCCGGGCCAAGCGGGAGCUGGACGCCGAGGUGGCCCGGCUGGAGGCCCGCCUGGCCGAGCUCGAGUUCCGCAACUCCAAGGCGGCCAAGGAGCUGGACUUCCUGCGCCAGCAGAACCACGCCCUGCAGCUGGAGAGGCAGGGCCUGCAGGCCGAGGCCCAGCGGCUCCAGGCCGAGAUCGACGGGGCGGCCGCCGAGGCCCGCGGCCUGCGGAGCCGGACCCCGUCCGAGGACGGCGGGGCCGCCCAGGACGCCCGGCUGCGGGCCCUGGAGCGGGAGCUGGCCGACCUGCGCGGGCUGGCCCGGGACAAGGACGCGGAGAUCGAGGCCCUGCAACGGCGCCUGGGCUCCGUGGCCGUCAAGCGGGAGCAGCGGGAGAACCACCUGCGCCGCUCCAUCGUGGUCAUCGACCCCGACUCGGGCCGGGAGCUGUCCCCGCGCGAGGCCCACGGCGCCGGCCUCAUCGACCGGGCCAUGUUCGACCGGCUGCGGGGCCAGGAGUGCGACUGGGAGGAGAUCACCGUCAAGGGGCCGGCCGGCGCCUCGUCCGAGGUCCACGACCGCAAGUCGGGCCGCAAGUUCUCCGUCGAGGAGGCCCUGCGGAGCGGCCGCCUGACUCAGGCCCAGUACGACCGCUACGUCAACAAGGAGAUGUCCAUCCAGGAGCUGGCCGUCCUCGUGUCCGGGGGGCAAUAGUCCCGGGAGAUGCCGGGCCCGGCCGGAAGAGGCUCCGCCGGCCAGCUGGCCUGCGGGGGUGGAGGAGCC